UUACUUCCGGGAUAAAUAAAAAGCUGCGACGCAAUAUUGUAACAGUCGAAUUGAUUUAAAUCGUCGGAGAAACUGUCGAUAACCAUGAAGUUUAUUAGUUUUGCAUUCUGCCUUCUUAUAUUGUGUUUUGCCUCAACGGUAACUGCGGCAGAAGAAGCCACUGAAGAGGUAUGUGCAGCAUUGACAGAAGAUAAGAAGUGUUGUAAUACGACAGGGUGUAUGUGGUUCUUCUGUGAAAAUGCAACAGCAACAAAAAACAUUACAGAGUGCCAUUCCACAAACUGGACAGCAGUUGACUCAUGCAAGAACAAUACUCAAAAACAGAUUUGUGAGAAACCAGCUUCUCCAUCAACAGCAGCAACAACUACUCAAGCACCAGUAGAAGUUGAUCCAUGCAAAAAUGUUACAGACAAGACAUCAUGUUGUACUAUCAAUGGCUGCGUCUUUACCAACUGUACCAGCACAGAUGACACAAUCACUGAUCCUGUACAAGUUUGCGUGAAAAAUGAGACUGUAUCUACUGUGUGCAAACUAGACACAAACAAAGAUCAGUGUGCACCCUCAACCUCUACACCAACCCCUACACCAACCCAGCCGACAGAUGUUUGUGAAUCAUACAACAGUAGUGAAAUAGACUGUUGCAGCCAUACUGACCAGAACUGCACUUACAUCAAGUGUACAGAUCCGAAUGAUAAUGCACACACAGGAUGUCAUGUACAAAGCAGUGAUACCAGUAUGUCAAAAUUCUGUAAAGAUGAACCUAAGUUUUUGUGCAGUGCACCGACCCCUAACCCAGAUGUAACAACACAGCCAGCAACAAAUGGAUCAUCAACUCCGACCCCUGAUGCAGAUGCAAACAGUGGCGAAGCAGAGCAUUCACAACAUUUCGACGGAGCUUCGUUUAUUGGUGGCAUCGUGCUUUGUUUAGGCCUUGUUGCCAUCGCUUUCUUUGGAGUCAAGUUUUACAGGGCAAGGGCGGAGAGAAAUUAUCAUACACUCUAGACUGAUGGCUUACAAACACUGCUGCAAAAUUUAAAUUUCAUCAAACUUUUGUUAAAUUAUUGUUUUUCUGUAAUAUCAUUUUCAAAAUCUGAAGCAGUAAGCAAUUGAGGGCUUUCAUUUAUCUAUAACUUGAUAAUUGUGGUAACUGAUGAAAAUUUUACUGAUUUCAUAUUUUCUCUUGGUAAUAAGGUAUAAAUAAGUAAAAGAUUAGCAUUUUAGGCUUUUUCUUCUGCUAAAUUUGCAUUGGUUAAUGGUCCGAUUCCAUUUAGUUGUAAUUCAGAUAAUUUCAGGGUUAUUAUGUACUAUUCAUGUAUUCAAUAUGCCAUAACUAGUUUUGUUGCAAAAAGAAAAAGAGUUAUUUUUGUCUUUCUAAAAAAAUUGUGCCUUCAGAAAGUGUAUAAAAAACAAAAGUUGUUAUACAAUUACAGUUAAAAUCUCUUCUCGCAAACACUGAAUAAGGGGCUGAUUUAGAUGGUAUUUUUGUAAUAAUAUUCCUCACCAUAUUUGAUAAUGCUGUACUUCUCACUUUAUGGAAGGUACUGCAUAAGUUGAUAUAUUUUUUCAGGAAAAGUGAAAAAGGUUCCAGUUUCAGGCAGUUGCUUUUAACGUGUUACGAGAAACAGAGCAUAAUAUGAGCCGUGCCAUGGGAAAACCAACAUAGUGGGUGUGCGACCAGCAUGGAUCCAGACCAGCCUGCGCAUCCGCGCAGUCUGGUCAGGCUCCAUGCUGUUCGCUUUUAAAGCCUAUUGGAAUUGGAGAAACUGUUAGCGAACAGCAUGGAUUCUGACCAGACUGCGCGGAUGCGCAGGCUGGUCUGGAUCCAUGCUGGUCGCAUACCCACUAUGUUGGUUUUCCCGUGGCACGGCUCAUAUGUAAAUAUAAAAGCAGUUAUUAUAUAUCUUACUAUAAAUAGGAACUAAUCUUGACUGGACAGACACUUGCAACAUGUGCCAGUGGUAAGAACUGUGCACUGUAACAGGUUAUUGACAUUCUGAAUGUCAUGCCAGUAACCCGAUGCCUCGAUGUUUAUGUUCAGGUAUAUAACAACAUAAUAAAUGUCAGUGGCACACAUUAAUGUGGAUACACCUUUAGUCCAGUAUGUGUUAAAUAAUGUUAGCAUCCUUUGUAAGACAUGCCUUUGCCAUUUAAUAAUAAUGUUUUAUAAAGUACCUGUAAUAAUAUUUUCCUAUGCUUUUCUAUCCAAGUUCAUAUUUAUAAACUCAUUUUGUAUGACCAAAGGCAACUUUAUUCCAAAGAAAUGUGAUGAAGUAUGUUGCAGCAUUAUUUUCAAUCACCAUUUCUAUCAAUUAUAGAUGAAAUUACAAAAAUGCAUCUACAAGAUUGUUGUAGACAUUUUAUUGUCUGCUUGUAAGAGUUAGUGCCAUUGAGUUUUUGCUUCAGUCAUAAAUCAUUUUAGCAGUGUCAUGAGAAACCCGACAUAGUGCGUUUGCGACCAGCAUGGAUCCAGACCAGCCUGCGCAUCCGCACAGUCUGGUCAGGAUCCAUGCUGUUCGCUUUCAAAGCCUAUUGCAAUUAGAGAUUCUGUUAGCGAACAGCAUAGAUCCUGACCAGACUGCAUGGAUGAGCAAGCUGGUCUGGAUCCAUGCUGGUCGCAAAUGCACUUUGUUGGUUUUCUCAUGGCGCGGCUCAUAUAAAUUGACAGAAAAAAAAAGAUGAAAAACAAAAAAUAAAGGAUGUAGGGGAGAAAGUAGAAACAUUUCAGGUGGAAAUAGAAGAUAAUAUGUAAUAUAGUCGAGCAUAUGUGUUUAUGUAAAAAAUCAAGGUGAUUUCAAAUGUAUGUUGAGGUCCCACUACGCAUUUAACAAUUUUUGUCAUUUGUGUACAUCAUUUUUACUUGUCAGACCAAAAAUAAGGUUUUCUUAAUGUAAUAAUAAAUGUCAUUGCAUUUGCUUAAUAAUAGUUAUCAUAUUAAUUAUGUCAUCAUGUACUUGGUUGUUCAUGUGAGGUUAUAUAACAUUUGUGUUGAAAUAGAAUCAGUGCUACUUACUUGUAAAUAAUUACGGUAAUUAUUUAAUGUAAUUUACCUCGACCAUUCUAACAUACAGUGAUUGCCCGAUUUAAAAACAAGCUUUUUGUGACUUUUUCCCCCAUCUUUUGUUGGGAAAUGGAUGAGAAUUAUAUUGCAAUAGUUUUAAGACUGAACAUGUUGCAACUUAACCUUUAGCAUGCUAGAUAAAUUGUCGUCUGCUGGAAAUGUCGUCUGCUAAAAUCGUAAAGUUCAUUCAAUUUGCUCCAAAAUUGGAAGAAAUAUUGUCAUAGUAGCAAACAGCUUGGAACCUGAUCAGACGCCGAUUUAAUCGGCGUCUGAUCUGGUUCCAAGCUGUUUGCAAAGGCUGUUAAAUUCGCCUGCAGCAGGCUAAGGGUUAAUAUUGUAUGUAGUGUUUCAUGUUAACAGUUUGGUUGUGAUUUAGAAUAAAUUUAUCAUUAUAUGCACUAUACAGAACUGUUAAUCAGAAGAACGAGAUUAUACACUUAAACCUGCCUUAAUGGUCAUAUCUAUUAAACAACCACUUGCCAUAAGCAGCCAGGCAGCUAACUUCCCACAUUGAUUUUUUGUAACAAAUUCGCCUUGUUUUAAGCAAUCUGCUGCCUUAACCCUUAGCCUGCUGGUAGCAAGUGAUUAUGCCUUUGCAACCAGUGCAGACCAAGAUCAGCCUGCACAUCCAUGCAGUCUGAUUAUGGUCUGCACUGUUCGCUAUUCAGUCAGUAAUUUUUCAAAGAAUACCCCUUUGAAUAAUAAAUGGUAUUGUCCAAAUUGAAUGAUGGACCAGUCCAUUUUAGAAAUUUAGCAGGCUAAAGGGUAAGCUGUCCAAUUGUGUGGCUGCCUUGGCUGGCUGCGUAAUACAGGUUUGAAUAAUAAAUGGUAUUGUCCAAAUUGAAUGAUGGACCAGUCCAUUUUAGAAAUUUAGCAGGCUAAAGGGUAAGCUGUCCAAUUGUGUGGCUGCCUUGGCUGGCUGCGUAAUACAGGUUUGACUGUAGUUCUAAAAUUCAAAUCAGAAUCAUUCUUAAAUCCUCUAGACAGGCUUUCAAGUGGCCCUAAAAUACCUAAAAAAAGUCCUAAUUAUUGUAGGCCUCCCUAAAAUUCCUAAAAAAAAAACACUAGGAAAGGGCCAAAUUCCUAAAAAAAAAGCCUGUAUUUUUCAAAUUAUCCCUUAUUCUUUGAAAUUUCUGUCUGAACUUAAAACAUUUUUGCACAAAGUCAUGCAUAUAAUGAACCUGUUAACUUAUUGAAGUUAAUAUUCUUUAAGAUUCAUUUACAGAGGAUGCUUUGAACUAUCAGGAGCCCUUUUAGGCAAAAAUAGCCCUAAUUUUUUGCCACAUAGUGCUUGAAAGCCUGCCUGUAUUCUUCUCAAGCUGUCAGCCAAUGUACAAUUCAGAGAUACUGUAAUCAGAAUAUACAUGUAUUUAAAUUUUGCAAUAGAAGUAUGGACUUCUAGAUAGGUUGAUAAUAAACCAACAUAAGUUCAUGCAUUGGUUUAAGAACUUGCCUUGAAAUUAGCCAGUUGAGUUUUUUACAUAUUAUUUGGCUGAAUUGGCUAAAACAGUUAUUACUUGGUCGUUGAACUGAUACCAGUUUCUAUAUUUAAAUUAUAUUUAUUUGGUUUACAUUAAUUGUGUAAAUGUGUUAGUCCUGCAUUAUAUUGUCAUUUGCAUAAACAUUUUAUUAUUAAUUACUAGAAUUAUAAAGAAAAUAUCUGCCAAUUUUCUGAAACAGAUAGAAAAGAUUUGCCUCGUUUCUAACAUAAAUAUCAUAUAGAAAAGAUCUGCCCUGUUUCAAACAUAAAUAUAUAGAAAAGAUCUGCCUCAUUUCUAAGACAGAUAUAGAGAGAAGAUCUACCUGGUUUCUAACAUAAUUAUCUUUUAGCUUCUAACACAAAUAUGUAGAAGACGUCUGGCUGGUGACUAAAACGAAUACAGGUUUCGUUUUUGUUAAAAUGGCUCCUUAUAUUUUUUGAGAUAUUUAAAACAGAUAGUAAAUAAAAUAACAAAAUCACAGUUAUUUUGGAAUUUCAUUUUUACUUGUACCUAUUUAAACAUAGAAACAGAAUAUUAUGGAAAAUAAUUGAUGUAAAUAUUGUCGUUACAUUGUUAAUAUUUUUGUGUUGUGGUUGUAAAAAGCCUUAAUAUGUUAUUUCUUGCAGCUUUUUCUAGUCUAUAUAGUUAAUAUAAUAGUUACCUGCUCACUGUCUUUAAUUGCUUUAUAUAAUUGAUCCACACUUGCUUUUUAUACAGGAAUACUAGCUUGAGGAAAUUGUUUACUAACAUAAGGAAAUUGUUUUCUUUUUUUUUUCCCCCUUUUCACUCAUUGUCAAAAACAGGUCAAAUUCACUAUUUUGUUAACUUCUGAUCACAUAGUGUUUAGCCAGUCUUGUUUUAAUCUAUGAUUGUAGGAACGUUUCUAGGUAAUAAUAGAAUCUCAGUGUCUUGUACUUACUCAAGUACUAGAUGAACACUUAUUUUUUUUUUUUUUUUUUUUUACUAAAACAAGCUGUUGUAUAUUUUGCCUUUUGUGAGAGAAAUACAAGAAGUAUUAUUGAAAGACAUAUAUUUUGAUAUGCAGAAAUUUACUACAAAUUGAGGUGCAGAUAGCAAAAUUAUUGCUCAUUGUAAACAGUAUAUUAAAUGUUACGAUGUUAUUUCUUGCAGUUUUAUUCAUACUUGUACGAAUGUUGAGGUUUGCAUUGUGAAAAAUGUGUGUUAGUCAGAGUCGUAGUUUUAAAAAAUGUAGCAAUCUUCAUAAUAUAGCUAAACUGCGGUUUUGAGAAAAGAAAUCUUUUUUUUUGUUACAAAUUAAUAAUAACAAACUUAUUGUGUUCAGAAAAAAUACUUCAGGUUAAUGAGAAAUGAGUAAUAACAAUGAUAGAUAUUGUAUCUUUAUUUGCAUUUGAGGAAGUUUACUAAGAGACUAGAGGUUAAGAAAUUCUGUAGUUAUAUAGAUAUUAAACAAAUGGUAUUUUUUCUCACUCACUUAACACAUAGAUUUGGCUCUGUGGAAUAUGGGAAGUUGGUAUUGUGAUUUUUUUCAGGUGUACCAAAUUCCUGGCCAUGAUAAUGGAGUGCUGGAUUUUUUUAGUUUACAGAAGUGCUUUCCGUGAUUAUAUGAUCACAUUCCUUGUUGCUUGACAUGUUUAAUGUCUGUGUAUAUUGAUAAUUGUUCUCUGUGUGUUUCAUUUUGUUGCAUUGUUGUUAUUCUGUACUUACUACAUUCUGCUGAGGUCGUGGGUUCAGAAAGUGCUUUUGUGUGGCUCUUAUUAAUACAUAUUUUCAAUGUGCAAUGUAGAAGACAUAUUUUGUCCCUAAGUAUCAAGGCAUUAGGCUUGCAGAAAAAUGUUAAGUGAGGACCAAGCUCUGCUUAGAUUUUGUGAUUGCUGUGUUUUAUGCUGAUAGAUUGAAUAGUGAUCUCCAAUGACAUAAAUCCAAGUGUUAAGAUUUUAAAAAAUGAUGUUUAUGUAAAUCUAUUUUAUUUUUUUUCUCUGUAUCGUCACCUUAGUGCAAAAAGUGAAUAAGUGCUUCUUUAAGUCAAUGAAGUUAUCCACUUCUUGCACUGAGGUGACAGUAUACAGUCUUAUACUCUUCCACUUUUCAAAAGUGCAGAUUUGCAAAUUUUAUCAAAUCAUGAAGUAAAAUAGAUGCAAAUAUUUGCAUGUCUACUGUAUUUUGGCCUAAUUGUAGAUAACGUUCAAGGAAACAGAUUAUUCUUUGUGUAUUCAAACUUAAUCAGAUAUGAUUGUCAUGAAAACUAUUCUCCACAGCUUGUAUUUAAUGUACCAUAUGGCAGAUUGAUUUCCUUUAAAAAAAACUGCAUUAAUGCAGAAGGAAAUAAACAGCCAGUUCACUACUGGUAUGUAAUAGGAAAAGCAGGCAAUCCCUUUUUCUCAGUAUGAAAGGGUGUACAGAAUACAUAUGUAAUUCUAAACAGAUUUGAUAUAUCAUGCAUUUCUCUCCACACUUAAGUUAUGUUUGUUUUAACUUUAUAUCUCAAAUGAACACUGAAUGCACAGUUUUACCUGAAAAUGUUUGAAGAAUUUUUUGUCUGCAAAUUAGAAUGAUAUUAUUAAAAUGAUAUUUUAAGUCAAUGUUAUUUUUUUUUGCAACAGUAAUUAUUCACAGAUUCAAAGAAAUUAGUUUGUAUACCAUACCAUAGAAUCUCUGUUUGAUGGCUUUGUAUUGGUAAGUUACAUUUACUGAUUUACCAUUUGUUAGUGUUUAAACAUUUUGAGGAGCAUUUGUUUCUGAUUGUAUUUAUAAAAUUGAGGCAUAAAAAAUUAUUCAAAAGUUUAUCAUAGUGAGAACUAUUAACCUUUAGCCUGCUGGCGGCAAGUGGUUUUGCCUUUGCAGACCAGUGCAGCCUGCACGGAUCUGAUUAUUCAGUCUGUAAAUUUUCAGUGAACAUCCUUUUGAAUAAUAAAUGGUACUGCCCAAAUUGAAUGAUGAGACUAGUUCAUUUUAGAAAUGUAGCAGGGUUAAGGUUAAUGUAGUGGAUCUGUAAUGACAUAUGGCAGUUCCCUUGCAAUUACAUGUUAUUGUUAUAUAAUUCGGUAGUCCUCAGAGGUAAAUAUAGGUCAGCGCUUACAUGGCAUGCCAUAAAAGCCAGAGAACGCUGAAAUAGCCUACAGAGAAUUAAUUUUACCAUUUUACCAUUGUCUUUAAGGGUCCACUGCAUUAACCCUUACCGUGCUAAAUUUCUGUAAUGAUCCUGUCCAUCUUUUAGUUUGGACAGUACCAUUAACUGUUUAAAGGGGUGCUUACCAAAAGAUACUGACUGAAUGGCGAACAGUGCAGAUCAUGAUCAGACAGCACAAAUGUACAGGCUGAUCAUGAUCUACACUGGUCGCAAAGGCAGAAUCAAUCGUGUCCAGCAUGAUAAGGGUUAAUAUAAUCUGUGUAGAAGUUGUCUGGCAUUGUGUGUAUUUGUGUUUAUGUAUAAAAAUAGAAAUACAGCAGUCUGGUAGGAUCUAGGUCCAUCUGUUGAAGCAGCAUAUAUACAGAUUUAAGUCAUUAUGUUUGAAAUUUUCUCAAACAGAUAAAUAUAUAAAACUCCUAAUCAUAAACAAACAUUCUUCAUUGCACACUGUAGAGAACAUCUAAAAAUGUUAGUGUUUCACACCACAAGGAUAGAGUACAAUUUUCUGCACACUUCUAGAGAGCAUAAAUAGAUACUCUAAUGAAAUGAUUUACACAUUUUAGAUACCAACUGUUUAAAAAGUCAGAUUUAUUUUUACAGAGGUUUGUAGAUGUGCUGCUUUAUAGGAUUGAAUUUAAUGGCAGUGUAAUGGGAUCUGCUUUAAUAUUGUCGUAUAGUUAAAGGUGCAAAAUUUAUUCUAGAAAAUUCAACUUUUUUUGUUAACAUUCUUUUUAUGAUGUUUUUCAUUUAUUUCAUUGUGUAUCAGAAUCUCUUGUUAUAACACCUAGCAACACCAUACUUCAUACUCAGUUAUCAGAACAUUAGGAUAAAAGAUGGAGUUCCAAUAUAUAGAUAUAAACAGUUUAGUUUUAAUAUUGUUUGACUUUGGCAUGAUACUUACUUACUGACAGUACCUUCACUGACUGAUUUGUUUAAACUGUCCUGUUAGUACACUCUAGUAUUCUACAGUCAAGACAUGAUUACCCAUUCAUGUUGUAACACUGUGACAUGGUACUGUCCACACUGUCAGAUGUUUACACAAUCCUGUUAGUACACUCUAGCAUUUUAAAGUCAAGAUUUGACAUGAUUACCCAGUCAUGUUAUAGCACUGUGACAUGAUACUGUCCACAUUCUGUCAGAUAUGUUUACACAAUCCUGUUAGUACACUCCUUUUACAGUCAAGACUUUGACAUGAUUUCCCAGUCAUGUUAUAGCACUGUUACAUUCUACAGUCUACACAGUCAGAUAUGUUUACAUAAUCCUGUUAGUACUCUUUGACAUUCUACAGUCGGCAUUUAGACAUGGUUACCCAGUCAUGUUAUUGCACUGUGGAGUUACACAAUCUGCACCAAAACAUUAUGGUUAUUACACUCUUUGACAAUAUUUGAAGUAUAAGUGCUUAAAAUGUAGUAUCUUUCUUAAAAUUAUAAUUCUAACAUGAUCCGAUUCAUUUUCCUAUUAAACAAAGAAGGCAGAAAACAGUGAAUUAUUAUACAACAAAUCACUGUUCUGACGUCACAACGGCAUAGCAGCGUGCUGGAAAAGGAACCGAUUGAAAACGGGCAAAUAUUUGAUUAAUGUCAUCAAGGAUGUACUUAAAAUCCUUGGUAACGUGUUAGAAUCGAAAUAAUAUAUCUCAUUUAGUGAUUUGCUCUUGAAUAAAUCAUUGUUUGUCGUUCAGAUGCGUAUUAUUAUAUCACUUGGGCUGCGCCCUCGUGAUAUAAUUCCUUCGCAUCUGAACUCCAAACAAUGAUUUAUUCAACGACAAAUCACUGGAUGAGAUAUAUUAUUUCUUAAACAAAUCUAUGAGAUAAAGGCUGUAAGAGUUAUUUGCAUACUAAAAGAAUUGGGUCAUUUUUUUACAUUUUUGUGUGAAUUCCAGCAAACAAAAUAAAGAACAAAACAGAAACUGGCCAUACUUUCUUUAAAUUUCAUGUCACUGUGAACGAUGUAUCAAACACCAGGGUGCUCAGUAUGAAGAGAGAAAAGAAAUAAUCUUCAUUGGUAAACUAAACCAAAUUUGGUUGUCUCAAGAUUUUGGGAAAUUUCACUUCCAUGUUCUUAUAAUAAUUUCAGGUCUGUUUUGUCUCAUAGAUCUUUUUGAUUAAAAUAAGUCAGAAAAAUGUUCAAAAGACUGCUUGUGUUCUUAUUAGUGUCAUGGAAUAAGAAUUUUAUAGUGUAAUAAUAUCAUUUAUAGCUGCAUUUUUAUUGUUCCUUUGUUGUCCAUGGUUACAGUUUCAUUAAAAUAGUGAUUGACAGUUGUUAGUAGUAUUUGUUGUAGGUAUUUAAAAAAAAGUAAUAAAAAGAUAAAAGUAUUACAGAUUUUGACCAUAUAAGUUUGUUUAAAGUGUGGAGAAGUUGUAUUUGUCAGUGUAGUUGUUUGGUCUGUAGAUACAUGAAAAAAUGACUUAUGGUGUUGUAGUUAUAUAUAUAUAUAUAUAUAUAUAUUUGGAAAACAAUGUAAAUAGAUAUUAAAAUUGAUAACAAA